AGGGAGAAUAGGCCACAACAACACCUCAUUUUGAUCUUCACCGCUUUCAAAGGCAUUUCCAUAAUGAAUUGUGCAAACCACAACGUGGCAAGACUGAUGAUGAGUUUCCAAUUCUGGCUAAAUACCAUAUUUUCAUUCUAUUUUCAGAUGAUUCGUCCUACAACAAUUGUUCUUGGACUGUUGUAUAUCAUAGGCAGCCUAGAAUAUGGUUGCWCGAGUACAUCACCACCAACUACUAAACCAAAUGCAGUUUCGGAAGAAACCGCUGUUCCUGUUCUGGAUCCGCACUUGUGGCCAACAGGCUUCAAGAUGAAGAUUCGGUUUCAAUUCCUUGACGAUGUUGAUGGCGGUUGGAAAAUUACUCUAAAAUUCUCCAAGGCAACUCCUGGGCUACAAAUCUGGAGAGCUGUUAUAGUGUCCGUGUCCAAUGACAAGAAAGAGUACAUCCUACAGAAUAUGCCAUGGAACGGAAACUUUAAAAAGUGUGCUGAGUUUGUAGCCGAAUUCAUGGCACACAAAGAUCAAGGGACACAACCGCCUACUGCGGCUGUUGAAUUCCAUCGAAAGAACGCUGAUAACAUCAACCAGGAUCCAAAUGCAUGCCCAACAACCAUGCCAACAACUAGUCCACCCUCUACUUUGCCACCAGGGACAAYUAGCUCACCCGGAACACCAUUACCAACAACAACAGAACAACCUACCCCAUCAACAAUCCCUACAACACUACCCUCUUCUCCAUCCACAGCGUGGCCUUUACUGGGGGGCGUGACUACCUCUGCAAAUAUCGUAGAUGAAUGGGCGACUGGGUUCAAAAUGUUCUUCAGCUUCCUGGUCAAGAACGAAAUUAAGGAUGGUUGGUUGAUCAAACUGAAGUUCUCUAAACCAGCUCUACAGCURAGAAUAUGGAAAGCAAAGCUCAUCUCUCAGUCCAGCGAUAACACUGAGUACUUCGCAACGAACAUGCCUUUUAAUGUCGACUUGGUUAAAUGUUCUGUCCUGAAAAUGGCCUUCAUGGCCCAAAAGGWUAAAGAAAACGAACCAGCCCCGAACGUAGAUGUUACCCUAUAUCACAAAGACAGCUUUCCAGAACCUACAGACAACACUAUAUGUGCAACAUCUAUGCCUCCAAGUACAACUAAUCSUGUUACACAGACAACAGMUUCAMCUGUCACCAACAAGCCCACAACUCAACAACCUGGGACUACACAACAACCUCCAGYUACAGACAGGUCCACUACUGUGCAACCAGGUACCCACAUGCCUACUACACAGCAGACAACUGCACCUCCUACUGGUGGUCCAACAUCAGCAGCACCCGUCACCGCUUCGCCAACUCCUUACGAUUAUGAYCAGGUACUCCAUGAUUCCAUCCUCUUCUAUGAGGCGCAGCGAUCUGGUAAGCUUCCCUCUACAAACAGAAUCCCAUGGAGAGGAGACUCUGCCCUUAACGAUAAAGGCCAAAAUGGACAAGACUUGACUGGAGGAUGGUAUGAUGCUGGGGACUUUGUCAAGUUUGGAUUCCCGAUGGCCUCCUCGGUGACUGUGUUAGCCUGGGGAGUCGUUGAGUACCGAGAUGCCUACAAAGCUGCAGGAGAGUUGGAUAAUGUCCUUGAUUCCAUAAAAUGGGCCACAGACUAUUUCAUCAAGGCUCAUACAGCAAAGUUUGAAUUCUAUGGUCAGGUUGGGGAUGGUCACGUUGAUCACGCCUACUGGGGACGACCAGAAGAAAUGACAAUGAAGCGACCAGCGUUCAAAAUCAMCACARGUAAACCAGGCUCRGARCUGGCAGCAGAAACAGCUGCUGCCUUGGCAGCAACUUCCAUGGCCUUCCAGCAAACCAACCCUUCUUAUGCUAACAAGCUGAUAAAGCACGCAGAAGAGCUGUAUGAGUUUGCUGACAAGUACAGAGGUAAAUACAGCGACUCCAUUACCAACGCGGCAAGCUUCUACAAAUCGUUCAGUGGAUACAACGAUGAACUUGUGUGGGGAGCAGCGUGGCUUUAUAGAGCAACAAAUAAAGCUGAGUAUCUAAGCAAAGCCGAAUCGUAYUACCARCAAUUCAAUAUGAACGGAAAAGCGUGGACAUUUUCAUGGGAUGACAAGAAAGCCGGAGCACAGCUUCUUCUUGCAGAAAUCACUGGAAAAUCAAACUACAAAAACGACAUAAAGGGAUACCUGGACAGUUGGCUACCAGGAAGAGAUGUCAAGUAUACGCCAAAAGGACUGGCCUGGAGAGAUCAAUGGGGACCUAAUCGAUACUCAGCUAACACAGCCUUCCUGGCCUUAGUGGCUGCUGAUAACGGUCUUAAACCAGACAUCUACCGCAACUUUGCCAAGAAACAAAUUCACUAUAUGCUCGGGGACAGUGGUCGGAGCUUCGUCGUUGGAUUUGGUGCUAAUCCUCCGAAAAGACCUCAUCACCGUUCUAGCUCCUGUCCAGACAGACCAGCCCCUUGUACACAUGACGCUUUGAAUGCUCCCGGUGCAAAUCCACAGGUCCUUAYUGGUGCUCUUGUGGGAGGUCCUGACGUGAAUGACAACUUCAAAGACGACAGGAAAGAUUACAUUGAAAACGAGGUUGCUACUGACUACAAUGCAGGAUUCCAGUCAGCUGUGGCAGGUCUCAAAASAUUGUCGCUAAAUUAAAUUUACUCAAAACCAAAGAAGAGCCAGGAACAYCUAACACUUCUACACCGAGAACUUUUAGAAAUAUCAUACGAUUACGACCAGGUACUCCAUGAUUCCAUCCUCUUCUAUGAGGCGCAGCGAUCUGGUAAGCUUCCCUCUACAAACAGAAUCCCAUGGAGAGGAGACUCUGCCCUUAACGAUAAAGGMCAAAAUGGACAAGACUUGACUGGAGGAUGGUAUGAUGCUGGGGACUUUGUCAAGUUUGGAUUCCCGAUGGCCUCCUCGGUGACUGUGUUAGCCUGGGGAGUCGUUGAGUACCGAGAUGCCUACAAAGCUGCAGGAGAGUUGGAUAAUGUCCUUGAUUCCAUAAAAUGGGCCACAGACUAUUUCAUCAAGGCUCAUACMGCAAARUUUGAGUUCUAUGGUCAGGUUGGCAAUGGAGACAUAGAUCACGCCUACUGGGGUCGACCAGAAGACAUGAAGAUGAAGCGUCCAGCCUAUAAAAUUACUGAAAGUAAACCUGGCUCAGACUUAGCAGCAGAAACAGCUGCUGCCUUGGCUGCAACAUCAAUGGCCUUCAAGUCAACUGACCGUCAAUAUGCUAAUAAACUUUUACAACAUGCAAAGGAAUUGUAUGACUUCGCUGAUAAGUACCGAGGAAAAUACAGCGAUUCUAUACUAGACGCUGCAARUUUUUACAAGUCGUACAGUGGGUACAAUGACGAGCUAGUUUGGGGUGCGGCCUGGCUUUAUAGAGCAACUAAMAAUGUUAAUUAUUUGAAGAAAGCUGAAGCAUAUUAUAAGACGUUUGGCAUGAGUGAUAAGCCUUGGGCGUUUUCAUGGGAUGAAAARACAGCUGGAGUACAAGUAUUACUAGCAGAGAUUACAGGAAAGAAUAGCUACAAGAAAGACGUUCAAGAAUACCUUGAUAGCUGGUUACCCGGYAACGAUGUCAAAUACACACCAAAGGGGCUWGCCUGGAGAGCCAAAUGGGGUCCCAACCGAUACGCCGCCAACACCGCCUUUUUGGCUCUACUUGCCGCUAAUAAUGGCAUGAAACCAAAUGACUACCGUACUUUUGCCAAAAAACAAAUCCACUACAUGCUUGGAGACAGUGGCCAGAGUUUUUUGGUUGGGUUUGGAAAAAGCUUCCCUCAAAGGCCCCAUCAUGCAUCAAGUUCCUGUCCAUYCAAGCCUUYACCUUGUUCUUGGAACGAUAACCGUAAUCCAGGGCCAAACCCACAGAUUCUGACAGGUGCUUUGGUUGGAGGACCUGAUCAGAAUGAUAACUUUAACGACGAGAGAAGUGACUAUGUACAAAACGAAGUCACAACAGAUUACAAUGCCGGUUUUCAAUCUGCAGUGGCUGGUCUGAAACAACUAGCUAUGAAUAAUUGAUAG